UCGAGGGAGGGGCGGGCAGGGCUCCUGGAGGCCCGCGGGGAGCUCCAGCUCUCUCGUCGCCCGCCCUCUGGGCUCAAGCUUUUCUAGAUCCGUCGGUUGGCAGGGCCUGUACCGGCCUGGGGCUCAUGGCAGUGUCGGCCGCUCUGUCGGCGGCGGCGGCAGCGGCAGCCCUAUCGGGCCUGGCGGUGCGACUGUCGCGCUCCGCCGCGGUUCGCGGCUCCUACGGCGCCUUCUGCAAGGGUCUCACGCGCACACUGCUCACCUUCUUUGACCUGGCCUGGAGGCUGCGCAUGAACUUCCCCUACUUCUACAUCUUGGCCUCUGUGAUGCUCAACGUCCGCCUGCAGGUGCGGAUAGAGUGAGCGCCGCGGCAGCCUCAGUGGCCAGGCCGGAGUGUCGUCCACCCGCCCACUCCCCUGCUCCGGGCCCGGCCCCCACAUGAAGGACAGUGGUGGCCCGAGGCCGCAGGGACGCGGAGAGGGGGCAGAGGCGAGGCGGCCUGUUCCGGUCAACGCUAGACCUUCGCAGCAGGAGGACAGACACGGAGCCUUGGCCCCUAUAGCAAACGGACCCGUAUCACGUAGAAACUCAGUAAACGGUUCCUUUCCACCGGCCCAAGAAACUAUUUGAGUUCGGCCGACCUGUUGCUUCACAUUGGCCAAAGGGGGAAACCAAAAGGAAGGGAUUCUGCUGCAGUCAGUUGAUCUUCCAGGUCCAGAGUAUAAAGGCACUGGCCUUUGUAAGUGGUCAUCGCUGGUUCCUCUGGCCUUGUCAAGAGUCAUAUCCCUGCCCGUGGGGCGCCCCUGGCUCUGGAGCUGCCUGGGGAGCAUCAGAGUGAAUGGCCAGGCCAGCAGAAGAGGAAGGGCCUUACAGGUAGAGGCUCAGCUCACCGUCCCCAGGAUCACACAGGAAAAUCUCAUCUGCAUGGGCUUGGAUCAGUCCUGGGGGUCCCAGACAUGCUGCCAAUAGGUGCACCAAAAGUGGCCCAGAGGGGAGCCAGGAGGGACCCUGGCCCUCACCCCCAUUCCUGUUCCCACAUCUCUGGCACUAGUACCUUGAGGCCCAUGUUCUCAGUUCCUGGGACUGAAAACUGCAGCUGUCUAGCCAGCCCUGAGGCAGAGCAGCCCAGCCUCCUACCAUCUGCCCUCCUCAGCUGCCCACUGGAGCCAGGACCCAAAUGAAGCUCUCUGGCUGCCUCACACCAGGAUGGGGCUGGCUAGUGGCUGCCAUGUGCCCCUGCAUUUGCCCACAGCCAGGGCCUAAUGGUGUGCUUCUUUGUGCCAAGUGUCCUGCUGGCCCUUCUCAUUAACCCCAACCCUGUCUACUCCAGGCCCCUUGUCAGCCUACUGACCCUAUACACAGAUCUCAGGGUGUCUCUGAGGGAUAAGAGGCUUCUGAGCUGAAGGAGAGGAGAGGAGCGAGUCAGGGUCCUCCUUGGGUCUGAUACACAGAUGUGGCCCUUUCCAAUCCUGGGCUCACCAUCUGAGUGAUUGCAUCCCUGGCUCCAGCCUCUUCCUGGGCCAUAUAGGAAGGGAGGAGGAGGGCCCUUGUGCAAGGGGCUUGACCUAGAGCCAGGAGGCCACCCCCCCUGCAGGGAGAAAUGAGCCUCAUGGGUCCCUGCCCUCAGAGUCCCCCACUGCAGGGAGCCACCCUCUCCCCCCACACCCAGGGGCCAGUCUGCAGUGGCUUCAACUGGGGCUUUGCUGGCCCAGAGACUGGCCCUCAGCAGAGUGUUCCUGCCCCUGCUUUCUUGCUCUUCCUGCCAGCAGUGGGUGGCUCAGGCAGCUUCCUACCUCCCCCCACCUACCCACGGGCCCUUGCUGCAUGAAGGGGUCUCCAUGUACUUUAUUUACAGUCUGUUUUCCAAGCAGCACUUCUACAAAUUCAGAUACGGACCUGAAUAACUUCUUUUCUGUGUGUGAUUAACUCUACCAGUCAGCGGUCAGCACAGGCUGGUCGGAGGAAUGUUCUUGUUUCUGGAGUUGUCAUGUCUUAUUGUUUGUCUAAGUUUUUAAAAAGUCCUUGAUUUCAUACACUGAAGCCCCGACUGGAGGUUUCUGUCUGAUAGGUAUGAUGCAAUGGCCUGGGAGGAGAGAGGCCCAGAGGUGAGGUCACUAGCUCUGAUGGCCAGGAGCAGGCCAGGAGAAACCUCAGAGGGCUGGGGGUGGGAAGGCUGUGUCAGGGAACACAUUGCCUGUUCAGAAGCUGAACCAAGACCUAAAUCAACCCAGAACACUGUCCCAGGAUAAACAGGCAGCAGCCUAGCCUGGCCCAAGAGGUGGCAGUUUGUCCCCUUCACAACCUUUGUUCAAGCGAUCUAAAAUAUAAAUCUUUUAUUCCAUUUUAUAGCCUGGUGUUCAAGAGUGCUGAAUUCACUUGAACCCCCAGGGCAAGUGAGGGUGAAGUAAAAUGAAACAGAUGGUCUGUGGGUCAUUUUGUGUAUCCCUGAGUGCCCUCUCCCUGCCUGGGGCCUCUCCUACUGACCCUGCCAUCCAGGUGACUAUUAGGAGUCUUUUUUUUUUUAGAGACAGAGUCUCACUUUGUCACCUCAGUAGAGUGCUAUAGCGUCACAGCUCACAGCAACCUCCAGCUCUUGGGCUUAGGUGAUUUUCUUGCCUCAGCCUCCCCAGUAGCUGAGUCUUGAAGAAGAUAAACCAUGGGAUCCAGAAGCCCACUUCCUUUCAUCCCAUCUUGGACCCCAACUCUGUCCCAUCAGAGCUCCUCUCCCAGUGGGUCCUCAAAGAAGCCCAACCAAGGUCUCUGGAGCUACAGGACCUAUAGGACCCAUCUGGCCAAUGGCAGAUGAUUGGGGAGCUGGGUGACAGCGUGGGUUAGAAGAAGGCCCAUGGGCCCCAGGAAGGAGGCAUCCUGAGAACAUGACACUAUGCUCAGGCUGAGGACCACAGCCUGGGAGUAGGGGCCUCGGGUCCACUCUCUACCUGUUGCCAAGGGGUACCCAGAGGUCAGAGCAUCUUGACAAGAAGGAUCCUUCCAACAGUGAUGGUGGUGAUGCCCUGUGACAUCUGCCUCAGCCCCUGAGCUUCCCUCCCCUUUGUCCAGAUGCCUCUGUUCAGUCCCUGAUGGUCCCACCCCCACUGUAGGGACCACCUCACUCAGCAGACCAACAUGGGAUAUGAUCAACCCAGAGCCUGAGGCCAUGUGAAGAGGGAGGACCAACCCUCCAUCCCUUCAUCCCACUCUCUGACCCUCUCCACCUUCUUUAGGGGAAGACAGGCAGACUGGCCCUGUUCUGGUAAAGAACUGUGCCCAGGAGACCAAAGGCCUGGGCUCCCACCAGUUUUAGGAGGGAUAAUUUGGGGUUUUGUGGGCAUUUAAUGUGAAGUCUGUUAAAUGUCAUCAUGUCUCACCUGGAGCAGCCUUGUCCCUAAGGAAAGGGAACCAAGUAAAGGGAGGUGACAACUGAUAGGAGCCUGCCAUGUGUCAGGCACUGAGUUUGGUGCUUUGCAUCACAAAUCUCAUCAUAAUCCCAUGACCACCUAACCGGUAUCUCCAUUUCACAGAGAAACUAAGGAUUGGAGCUCAGUCUGAAAUAGAUCCCCAAGCCCCAGCUCUUUUCUGGAACUUCCAAUGCCCCUUGAGGGGUGGGGAAUUGGGCUGGAAGGAUGGUGAGAUGGCAAAGGAGGAACAUGACCCUGUCCUUUUCUGGGUGGGAUCCAGGAGACAGAUAAGAAAUUUAGGGCUUGCUGGGCGGCGCCUGUGGCUCAGUCGGUAAGGCGCCGGCCCCAUAUACCGAGGGUGGCGGGUUCAAGCCCAGCCCCGG